AUGCUAGCUCAUUACCAUAAUUCACAUAUUAAUAAUUUCUGUGGCAAUGGAUGUGCCUACCCAGCAGCAGUUUCAACCUCUGAAAUGCUGUGUAGAAAGCCAUUAUGGUAUGCUGUGGAGUUGGAAAAGUCGGCAAAGUCUGAGAUGAGUGAAGAGUACAUAAGGUCAGUGGCAGACCUUAUGGUGAUCAAGGGACGACCCUUGUAUAUGGUGGCUAGGAAUUAUAUGAUAUCGGAUACAACACGACAAGGGUUUGAUAAGCUUGAUUUUGGAUGGGGAAAUCCGGUAUAUGGUGGCCCUGCCAGAGCCCUUUCUUUGCUUAGCUUCUAUGUGCCAUUCAAGAAACCGUACUCUAGAGAAGAUGAGAAUGGGAUUGUGGUACCAAUAUGCUUGCCACAACCAGUCAUGGAGAGGUUCCAACAUGAGCUUCAGAAUAGGACUCGGGAGUGUGUGGAAGAUUCAUAUGAUAUAAAGCCCAUUAACAUUCAAUCCAUGCUCUGA